AGUACCGGCCUUCAACUUUUUUGAAAUCAUGAUUGAAGAUGAUAUGUAAACACCGUGUCCGCCAAUCCCCCUCUGCCUGUUCAAAACGUACCCGUCCGAGCCCUAAGUGGGAAAGUAACUUAGUCGCAGUGACCGGCUGUGCGGCCCCACCAUCCGCUGCGGAAAUGGAGUCUCGUUCUCGAUUGUGGGUGGUGAACCAGUUUCCCACUUGUCUAUCCACCACAAUCGGAAGAAUUGCUAGUCUAGCAAAACCCACUCCGUUCACUCCACUUAAUUAGCCCGAUCACCGUGCGAACCAGACAAGAAGGAUGUCACGGGCCCAGACCUAUCUCCUCCCCCAUCAGCACUGUACCUCGACAGUUAGAUCCCGUUUUUACCGUUAGUGACUUUACAGAAGGGCACAAACAAACAAGAAAGACCGAAAGGUAAACAGCCAUGAAAUGGCCCUCUUCCCA